CCUGAUUUUGCUUCAAGGGGAAUGAAAGUUGAAAGUUUUUUUUUCUCUAAAAAGAAAAAUCAAUAAAUUGAGCAUAAAAUAGGAAAACUCUUAAAAUCAUGGCUGAUAACGAACAAAAAGCUCUUCAACUGAUUGCUGAGGCUGAAAAGAAGCUUAACUCAUCGAGAGGAUUCCUUGGAUCAUUGUUUGGUAGUGGAGCUAAUAAAGUAGACGAUGCGAUCGAAUGUUAUCAUCGAGCUGCAAACAUGUUUAAAAUGGCUAAGAAAUGGCAACAAGCAGGAUCUGCUUUUUGCGAGGCUGCUAACUUACAUGGAAAAGCAGGAAAUCGUCAUGAUGCUGCCACUAACUUUGUCGAUGCAUCAAACUGCUACAAAAAGGUUGAUCCCAACGAAGCUGUAUCAUGUUUAUUAAAGGCAAUCGAUAUUUAUACAGACAUGGGUCGUUUCACUAUGGCCGCAAAACACCAUCAAUCGAUCGCUGAGAUGUUUGAAAAUGAAGCUAAUGAUUUGCAUCGCGCCGUUCAACAUUAUGAGCAAGCAGCUGAUUAUUUCAAGGGUGAAGAGUCAACAAGUUCUGCAAAUAAGUGCAUGUUAAAAGUCGCCCAAUAUGCAGCUCAAUUAGAAGACUACGAUAAGGCCAUUAAUAUUUAUGAAUCUGUUGCUGCGUCAUGUCUCGAUAGUUCAUUACUCAAGUACAGUGCUAAAGAAUACUUCUUUCGUGCUUCCUUGUGCCAUAUGAGCGUUGACUUGUUAAAUGCACAGCAUGCAUUGGACAAAUAUGCCCAACAAUAUCCAGCUUUUCAGGAUUCUCGUGAAUUUAAAUUGGUCAAAACACUCGUCGAACAUUUGGAAGAGCAAAAUAUUGAUGGUUACACAGAAACAGUAAAAGAUUAUGAUAGCAUUUCGCGUUUGGAUCAAUGGUACACGACAAUCCUCUUGCGAAUUAAGAAACAGCAUAACGAUAAUCCCGAUUUACGAUAAAUGAUUUAUCGCAUAAUCAAUGCUCUCCUGUUUAUCGAAACUCAAAGUAAAAAAAUUAAAAAAAAUUCCAUUUUAUGUCGUUUUUAUUAGCAUAAAUUGAAAAUUUCAAUCCUAAUCGUUUUUAGGAGCAAUGUGAAGCAUAUGUCCAUCUAUGUUUUUACCACUUUUCAUUCUGAUAACGAGAUACAAUUCUGAAGUAUAUAAAUAUAUCCAUUAGAAUAUAAGUUUAAAAAGAAAAAUCAUGUUAUGGCUUAUUUGACUGUUAUUGAAAACAAAAAAAUAUAAAAAAAUCCUAUUUUUUAUUUUAUUUAAGAAAAUGUUUUAUUAACUUAGUUGGAAUGAAGCUUUUGUUUUGUUAUGACUCAUGGGUUUUUUUUCUACUUCUUCACAUAUUAAUUUUAUCUCGAAUGUGUAAAAUAUACAUUGUCGACUUGCAUAAAGUAGCUUACUUACAUAUGAUAAUACCUUAAAUUUCUACACUCCUCGAUAAAGAAAAAUUGCAUACCUAAAAUUAUCACUUAAUGCAGACUAAUAACCGUAAUAAUUAUAAAAAUAUUCUCUAACUCGCUGUUCAGUCUGUUACAGAGAAAAUCAUAAAAUUAAUAUAAUAAAAUAAAGUAUUUUGUGAUUUUCAAUCAUUUAUUUGUGACUCAAGGAACGAAUAAAUUGAACCUUUAGGCAAAUUAUGGUGCAAAUUGACAAUUUUAUCUAUCAAAUCAACAUUAUUUCCUUUAAAUUUUUAACCUUUUCGUUCCUUGAUGAAAUUCAACUUUUUGUUAUAAAACUACUUUGAGUCAUUUUUUUGGUCUUUUGUAUUAUAUUAAUUCUUUUUGUUCUUCCUGUAUUAUUGACACCAAUUUUUUUAUGUUUUAUAUUUUUUUAAUGUAUAAGAAGUAAAUGAACGAAUAUAUUGAUUGUAGAUAAGUCCUUAAAAUUAAUUAUAAACUAUUACAUACAUUAAUUAAGAUGAGUAUGAAAAAGUCAUUUGAAAUCUAAAAUAAAGAAAGAAGUAUCAAGAGUUUUAAAGAGC